UUCCCCUGACAGCUUUCUAGGAUUUGUUUGCACACCCGCUAUCUUUCUCUCUCUCUCUCUCUUUCCCUAGUUUUUUUUUUUUCUUCUUUUUUUUUCGCGAACAGGACUAUCACAGGGGCAGUUUUUUUUUGACUGGCAGCUGACCACGGUUGCGCAACGGACGACUAAGCAGAAACACUCAAACUCUGCGACAAACUACAGAACGGGCCGCCAUAGAUCAUGUACUAUUAUAUGGCCUAGAUACUGACUUACCCGUGUGUGCUUUACUAUUUUUUUGGUUACCUUCAAUGUUGGUCAGGCUGGAGGCAGCAGUUGAAGGUAGAUCUCGAUCCCGCGUGCUAUGCUGCACCCACCUACCAUUGACGUCCGUGUCAGCUAAUGGAGGGGUUCAGCACCUAUCAGUCUUGACAAUACCCUCAGCACUGACGGGCUGGUAUUGCUAGUAGGUCGCUAACAUAGUGCCUUGUGUUGGAGUGUAAACACACAGCCGUUUCGAAAUCUCGGAAAGUGUUAGUUGUUCUAUUUGUUAUUUAUUUAUUUCUGGAUAAUUCCUGCUUUGGAUUUUGUAUACACAUUCAUGGAUUUAACUAUUUUUCUGUGUGGAUUAUACAAUAUCGAAACGGUGGCCUCCAAUGUUAUCGUGACAUCCCAAGGACCCUGACAUUCACUGGGAGCCUUCAUCUAGUCCAAAGAGCCCUCCUGGAUUACCUCAUUAUUGUCUUGAAAGCACACCACUGAGGAGAUAGAGAGAAAAAAACUUGCUCAAGGAAAAUCGCUGUAAAAAGCCUCCAUCUUAUUAAUUCCUCUUCUUACCUCCUCGGCUUAUAUAUAUACACACACACGAGUUGGAUAUUUCUAGACACAGCUUCGUCUUGUAGAUUGUUCCAAAAGCAGACGACAGCAGCACAAAAAAAGUUUAAUUCGGAGAAUUUCCCGCCAGAAAUCAUUUUGAUUAGUUUGAUAACAAGCCAUUUAUAAAAUCAAUAAUGUGUUUCCAAAAUCUGGCCUGAUAUCUGUGAAAGGAUACACCGAAUUCUAACCAAAUAAUAAUAUCAUUAUAUUUAUUGUGGUUUGUAUUUGUAGUGUCAGGAAUGAUUUCUACAUAAUUCAGGAUUCCUCUUAUUUUUUUUUUUUUUGUGGCUCUUCUUCAUAGCGUCUUUGACUGAACGGCGCUUGAUUCAUCUGUUGCCAUUUUGAUUUAAAAUUUCUCACGUCUGCCUUGUAAAGAAUAAAAAAAAAAGGCAUAGUGGCGUCCCUUAGUGUUUGAAUUUAAAAUUGUGAAGUGGUUUUAAAAAUAAAUUAAUCAAAGCAGCCACCACGACGAUUCACGUCAUCAGCAGCGCUGCGCCGGUCACCCCAGCAACGUCUUCAUCACCGCCACCACCACCACUUCGAGCGACGUCAACAUCAUCGGCUACACACACGGCAUCGUUGGCUAGCAGCGCUUAGCUCAUGCCUGUAGUCUCCUCGGUCAUGUCCUCUUCACUUCAGUACGACAGCGACCUGGCCGGCUACGGCGCCAUGGACCCCGCCGGCAUGUACGGGGACCCGCACCGCGGCAUGGGGGUUACCCACCCGCUCACGCAUACGGGCCUGAACCACGGGAGCUCCGGGCUGCACCAGCCCUACCCGACUCCGUACACGUCCCCAGCCAGCAAUGUGCCCGGGGUGAUGGGCACCUCACAAGACUCUCAGAUGAAACGGGAUAAAGACUCUAUUUACUCGCACCCGCUGUUCCCGCUCCUGGCGUUGAUAUUUGAAAAGUGUGAGCUCGCCACGUGCACGCCCAGGGAGCCUGGGGUCACAGGGGGUGACGUCUGCUCAUCGGAUUCCUUCAACGAGGACAUCGCAGUCUUCAGCAAGCAAGUUCUAGCACGCUCAGAAAAGCCAUUAUUUUCAGCCAACCAUGAGUUGGACAGCUUGAUGAUACAAGCUAUACAGGUGCUGAGGUUUCAUUUAUUGGAGCUAGAAAAGGUGCACGAGCUGUGUGAUAACUUCUGCCACAGAUACAUCUCCUGCCUCAAGGGGAAGAUGCCCAUCGAUCUAGUCAUUGAUGACAGGGAGGGCGCCGGAUCGUCCGCCACGCCCACCUCGGCGCCAUCCAAAACAUCGACAACCACGUCAUUAGACGCUAUUGACCAACACUCGGACAAUAGCCGGGACCAUCAGGUCAAAAUGGAAUGCGCCAAGCUGGAGAGAAAGGUGUUUUCUCCUGCUAGUGACCAUCUCUUUGGAAACGAGAAAAUGAGGCCACCAUCACAAAGUUUAAACUUCAGCCAACAAGACGACACCCAAUCGUCACGCUCAGGGGAUACGCCCAUACCAGCUAGUCAUACAACACACACUAACUCAUCACACAACGCUGAGAAUAACAGUGAGUCAGGUGAUGGCCUUGACAACAGUGUAGGUUCCGGUGAAGGCACAGCAGACGAGGAUGACGAGCGGGGCUCAAAAAGAAACAAAAAACGUGGAAUUUUUCCCAAAGUGGCGACAAAUAUCAUGAGGGCGUGGUUAUUUCAACAUUUAUCGCAUCCGUACCCUUCAGAAGAACAAAAGAAACAGCUCGCCCAGGACACUGGCUUAACUAUUUUACAAGUCAACAACUGGUUUAUCAACGCUCGAAGGCGAAUAGUGCAGCCCAUGAUUGACCAGUCCAACAGGGCCGGACCUGGGGCUCACGCAGCCUAUAACCCGGACGCUGCCAGCAUGGGCUACUUUGACAAUCAGCACAUGCAAAUGGGCGCCCACAGCGACUACAUCUUCAAAGAUCGAUGGGCCCUUCAAGGUGGCCAUGACCUCUACGACCCAAUGAAAGCCGGCUACUCUCAUCUGGACACUUCCCAAAGAUACGACAUGUUGGGCAUGCAAGGGAUGCACCGGUCCGACAUGUACCCGCCCCCCGCCUCAUCAUACGCUCAGAUGGCCCAGUUCUCGCCUCCCGUUCACUCGCAGGCCAUGCUUAUACCUGGCCAUCCCCAUCACAUGAUGAUGGGCCACGGGAACCCGGGCAUGGCCCACCAUGGCAUGGCCUCAGCACAAAGCCCGCCCCUGCACAUGGAAGGGAUGGGUGGUCACAUACAAGAUAUUCACGCUGGAUAAUGAGGGUCUGCCUAGACCUUUGCAGACGAUAGUAGACGCCAUUUUGUUCCUGACUCAUACUUUGAAACAAAACAAAAAAAAAAAUUCGCCAUUUUGAUAACCAAAAAUUAUGAAAUUAUUUCUCCAUGAUGAUACAUUAUAUUCCUUUAGUGAAUGAAGUUAUUGUUUUUUCCCCCGCUCAUUUCGUGAUGCGAAGGCGGGCAUUUGUUUAUGAAAUAUUGUGUCUUCUGCUCAACCCAAAUCUUCUGGAAGAUGUUACGAUGAAACGGCAUUAUGUAAUACCUUCAAAGUCACGUCUGCCAACUACUCGGCCCCAUUUGAAUGGGUCUUUUUGAACCGCGUUUACCAGCGGAGGUAUUAGGAGAGUGACACAGUCCAUGAAGAUUCAGCUUUAUUUAUAUCUCAUUAAAAUCGAGAUGAUUUGUAGCUCUUCAGACGAUUACUCUACUUUAAAACAGAUUGAAUUAUCUACGUGAUGGCGUCAUCAAAAUAAGGUUGCUUUUAGAAUCUGGUUCUCGAUAUUGGUCCAGUUCGCUGUGUGGAAACAAUCAGAUAAUUACAUAAAGUGAUUGAGUGUGUAUGUCUUGAAGUCUCGUGUAACGAUUCAGAUUAUUUCCCCCUAUUCUAAUGGUAUAAGUACCAUACAAUGACGUUGAAGUGGAGAACAACCAUCCACGGCAGAAUGUGCUGGUCUCUUGACCCGGAAGAAGUAACCGCUGCCACCUAAGGAAAAAUUACUCACUUUUUCAUGUCAACUCCAUGACCUCCCCUCACGCAGUCAUUUAUGGGUCAUAUUGUCCCAUGUGUGAUCUGAGUUGGUUUCUCUAGUGAAGAUGGAAAGAAAUUAACAUUGCCCAUUCGAUGAAUGGAUGAUUAAUUGAUUAUCGAUUAUCUUGGAUGUACUGACUAAUGUUUAACAUUAUAAUAGUUACUAUAAUUGCAAACAUGAGACUAUAUUCAUUGCUACUUCAUAUUGCCUGGCUACUCAAACAAAGAUGAAAACUUUCUCACUUACAGAAAGUGUGAUUUCUACAAAGUGACACCUCUAAGAUGAAACACAUUUCAAACUUUCGACACAAUGUUUUGAACGUUGAAAAUUUCAUUAAAAAAAAAAGAAGCAAGUCAUCUAUUUCAAAAGCAAAGAGGAAGUCACGAUUUCAAAACAUUUGUUUUCCUUGGCUGAGUCUAUUUAUAGUUUGUAACUUGUUCAGAAAAUGAGACUGAACACUUUAAGAUAUAUUAGAAUGCACAUAAUGGAUGCGACCAAUGGUUUAAAGACAGACAAUAUCUCACAUUAGUUUUGUGAUGUUGUCUCCGCCAUUUAAAAGACUACAUUCAGUUCUUUGAGUACUUGUGGCCGUGCGUUUUGUUCCUGGUUUUCAACUUAAUGAAUAAUGUCUAUGUUUAAAAGAUGGCUCGAGUGUGUGUGCUCAUUAUUGACACUGAAAAGACACGCCUCCCAAAAAAAAAGAGAGUCAUAUAAAAGUAUAUUUUAAAAAAACACGAAUUGGUUGAUUAUUCAUGGAGUCAGCAUGAGUAUAGUCUUAAGUGGUAGGGACCUCAUAUGUGAAUGACCCCUCGUUUUGUAUAUUAUGUUUUUUAACGUAUAUAAUUUGUUGACACCAAAAGACGAGAGAUACAAAAAACUAGUCAAAAAUGUAUAUUUUUUUUUAUAGAAGAUCUAUGGAUGAUUUUGUUCUGUUAGAUUAGGCACAUUGUAUCGGGGGUUACAGUUAUCGUAAUACGACUAUAAGAUCAAAGCUGAAAUCAAGACAGAUUUUAAAGAAAUAUUGGUCGCUUUUUAAUUAUUUUUUUUAUCAAUACUUUGAAAUACAACUAAUGCCUCAAAAAAAAAAUAUAUAUAUAAACAAUAAACAACAUAUUUCGGCUCUAUCUAGAACUUUAAAUGAUCUGAUACUAUUUUAUUUCAAUGUAUUUUUUGAAAAAGUAACAUGUCUUAAAUUCUAGCCAACAAUAAGCUUUCUUAAGGACAAUAUUAGUUCUUUCAUUGGUAAAAUUAUUACCUUUAUUAUUUAAGACAUGAUAAUUUUGAGGAAAGUAUUUACUUUUUAUUAAAUAACAAGAAAAUAUCAACAAAAUAAUGAUGCCAACUUACUUUAAAACAUCUAAUUAUUAUACAUUGUUUUAAUUUUUUUUAAAUUAUACCAAAGAAGUCAAUUAUGUUCCACAUUUGUUACUUUACUACAAUAACUUUAUAUUAUAGGCAGUUAAAAGUACACUUUUAAUUAAUAAUUAAUGAAUAACAAAUGAGUUAAAAUAACAACAUUAAUAAACUAAAGCUAAAUUUAUUAAUUUUUGCUGAAAUUACAUUAAUGACCCAUGUAGGCUACCAUACACUUUUAGUGCAUGUGUAAAUUUUUUUUGUAAAGCUAUUACUAAACGAAAAAAUAAAAUAUACAUAAAAUGCAUUCCAGACUUCUUGUUUCUCCAACUGAUCAGGCUUAAAAAUAUAUAUUUAUCAAACAUUAAUUAUGAAACAUGUGCGGCACUUCAAAUGUGUCAGAAAUUAACUUGACCAAAGAGUGUGCAUGUACAAAUGUUGACUUUUAAACUAGACCUAUGUUUCAAUGAUUUCUUUGGUCCGACAAUGAUGUCAAAGUUAUUGUAACAUGAAAGUUAAUAUCUAUAAUUAUAUAUCUAUAAUUAAAUGGGAGUAGCUUGGUUACAUAUUAUUGAUAUAUGUAACUAAAUUGUAAAUUAAAAUAGUAAAGGAUUUUUAAAAAUUGAAAAAAAAAUUAGUUUAUAAGGUUAUCAGAUUGUAUGGCCUUUGACACAGCUCACUUUUCUACACAUCUGAGCGAGUUUUGUCACUGUCAGACUGACUUUGGGGGUCAACCAUCUUAUCUAAAACAGGACUAGAAAUAUUUAUUUUUAAAUAGAGAAGAAUAUAAGCACGCUAGGCGGCCAGACAAUGAGGAAUUGUUGAUCUUUUUUUAACGCUAAAGCUGCAGUGUAUGUUUAGACCUUAGGUGUAUCUUUAUGCCAUAGACCAUAGGUGUAUCUUUACACUAUAGACCAUAGGUGUAUCUUUACGCUGUGUCUAGGCGCUUGCGUUGUUGGGAUGAACCGAAUGACUGGUCAGUGUUUCUGUCCUCCUGAGCUCAGUUACAAUAUAUAUCAACUCUAUAUUUAAAUCGCUUGUGUAUAGAAGGCUCAAGAGUCAAUGUAAAUUCAAACCGUCAAGAUCUGACCCCGAAUCUCUCACCCCCAGCCCCAUCAAGAUUUAUCUGGCUCUCCUGAGCUCAUAGUAGUAUUCAUUUUUUUCCCUGUAGACCCCCCCUCCCCACCUUUUUUAUUAACAUUCAUUUUUUUUUUCAGUUUCCAAUUUUUAAAAAAUUAUUUUGCUUUGCAUUCGACUUCUAUAAAUAUGUGUACAUAGAUUUAUAUGUAUUACAAUGAAGAAAAAAAACGUGUUAUACUAUAAUUAUAUUAAUUAUUAAUUAUCAUCAUGAUGACUUAUAAAUAUGACUAUAAAAUACUUAUGAAGGUACCAAAGAUUAUGUCAUUAUUCUAUUCUCAUUAUGUAUGUAUAUGCGUGAUAUACAGUCCGUUUAGCACCUUUCAUGUUCAUGUUUGGAUUGUUUAUAUUGACUAUUUUUAGCCCGUUUUCUUUUCGGUUUUGUUUUCUAAUGCAUGUAUCGACAAGAAAAACAACAACAUAAAAACAAAAUUCUUCUUUGUUUUCAUGAUAACUUUCAGAAAUAUACAUAUAUUUAUAUGGAUGGCGUUAGACAGACACGCAACAAAAAUACAUUUGAUUCUGUUGGUCAUUAUUUACUAUUAUCUGUAUGUGCAAGCCAGGUUGUGUCAAUGUGUCAUUUCCAGAUGUGUUUUGUUAAUUAUAUUCAAGACGUUAUAUACUCCUACAGUCAAAUCUCGUUCUGAUGAUUUUCACGAGGUAGAGAUAGCUUCCCCCCCCCCUCCUAUAACCAGAGCUUAAAAUAAGCUAUAGUUCGAAUAAUAGAGAGAUAGAGCCCGAGUCUAGGCCCAAGUUUAGACUUAAACCUAUUGAAGCAUUUCGCUGGAUAUCUUAAUGAAAGAUAUUUAUUUACAUAGUCAUGACCUAUUUUAAAACUGAUAUUACUAGCUAUAGAAUACAUUUAGCUCUUCACACAAUUAAGUACAGAUUAACGAAUCAAAACAAAUUAAUUAUAAUAGAAGAAGUUUUUUUAAGUCAACGACUGAAGUUACAGCCAUUGUAAGAUAGGGUUAAAAGUAAACACCCAAAUGGCAACUCGUUGCCAUUGAAACCUUUAUAUUACAUCAAAUUGUAGAAUUUCAGUGAUUCAGAAUAUUUUUUAACUUCAAUAUUUAAUAGCAAUUUAAUAUACCGGCUUGUAAAGUAUCAAAUAUACAAUUUACCAGCGUCCAAAUUCCUGAUUUGAAUGUAACGAGCUUUGACUGUCCUUCUUGUUUUGUUAAUUCAGUGUCGAAAUCAUACGUCAAAGUUUAAUAUGUGCAGAUAGCGACCUAUAUGCUUGUUUCAUUUUUUUUCUUUUCAUAUUUUUUUAAAUUUCAUUUGGUUGAGGUGCUAAUGAAUAAAAUAUAUUUAAAAAAAAAACAUUAAAAAAUCUUUUUGUUCCUGAUUUUAUUCAAUAAAUGAUGAAAUUGAAAUGAAAAUUUAGAUAAUCUCUUCUCUAAUGAAAAUUUUUGUUUUGUAUUUUUCCAAAAUAAAAAUGUAUAUAGAUGAAGUGAAUGAUCUAGGCUACAUAGUCUCCUGUUAUAGUGAAAGCUAUAGCCUGAUUUAUAUGUUUUCAACUAAUGUGAAGGUUAAAACAAAGGGGUGGGGGUAAAGUAGGUCUGUUACAAAUGAAAGAAUCAGGCUGGAAUGGGUUAACUAGUUUAGCAUUUUGAAGCCCUAUUCUUGUAGUAUUGUCUUUGAAAAGUUUCAGUACAAAAGUGAACACUUAUCACUGAUCGCAACCUAGCAGCAGUGUACAUAGCUGUGUUUGUUUCUUUGUUUGUCAUUGUUUGUAUGCCAGGACAGAAGUUGUAACCAAAAAUGUGAAAUAAAAUUGAUAGGAAAAAUGUUGUCAAAACCAAAAGGUUUGACGGUUGAUUGUUUUAUAUUAUGAAGCUAUUAUUAUCAUAAUAAUAAUAAUUAUUAUUAUUAUUGUUAUUUCCAAUGUUUUGACAAAAUUUGAUGAAUGAUGUAUUGUCCACCAGUGUCAUUCUUCUAAUCAUGACUUUUGAUUGAUUGUUUAAAAAAACCUUAGUGUUCUAAUAUUUGGGUGUAUGGAUUUUUUUUUUUUGUUUCAUAAUGAGUUCUAAAAUUAAAUCAACAAUAAAAAUACAAGAAACAUGUUGACACGUGUUUAGUCUGUUUUUAAUUUUUUUUUUUUUUUUUUAGAAAGCCAUAAUGUUGUAAAAGUUAGUUUUUUUGUUUUUUGGCAAUCGAUUGAUGACAUCUGCCAGAUUUUUGAACGUUUCUGCUUUGCGUUGUUAUUUCCCCUUAUUUUUCUGUUUGGGUAAAUGUUUGAUUCCAGUCCAAUAAAAGACAUACUAUUACAUGGA